UCAUGUCACUCUGUACAGUAUCUCCACCAGCCCACGCUGCCUUUUGAAAUGCUGUUACUUCUUCAAGGUUCAGAGGAAAUACCACUCUCCUCUUAUCAGUACUUUCUUCCCCUCAUUCCCUGUCCUUGGCUGUCAGAACUCAAAGGAGUCUAUGCAGCUUAGCAAGCGUUUGCUGAUGUUUGCAUAAGUAGGCCCUGUGUUGGGCACUCUGUGUGGGGGGGGCAGGGAAUGUGUGUUUGGGAGACUGUGUGGUGUGUGAGCAUAGCUGGAUGUGUGUAUGGUGUGUAAUUGGAUAGCCAUGAAUGUGGCUCUGUGUGUGGGAGGGGUGUGUGUGGUAUGUAUGCGUGUGACUGUGUAUGUGUGACUGCGUGAUGUGUAUGUGUGUUGUGAGAGUGGCUGAGUGUGUUGGUAUGUGAGUAUGGCUGUGUGUGGUGUGAGUCUAUGUGUGAGACUGUCUGUGUAUGCACUGCUGUGUGUGGCGUUUGAGUGGAAGUGGGUACUGACCAAUCAGAACAGACACAGCCUAGGCCCUCAGUGGGUCUUGGAGGACCCAGAUGUUAAGCCUUUAUUUGCUAGACUAUGGUGAGGUCUGGGGAAGGGGAGGAGUGUACACGUAAGAGGAUUCAAAGCUGGGCCUUGUAAACGAGUAGGAAAGCCUCAAGAAUUAGAGAUUCUGUUCUCUUCAUUUUGAAAACAGGCAAAUAGGGGGAUACUUUUAAGGAAGCCUUUUCAGAAACGAUUAAACAUAAUGGGAAUUUCAGUUAACUUAACAGUUAGGCAGAAAAAUCGAACGCAUCCCCAAAUGGAAGCUCCUUUACUUGUAGGUGAAUUCGAGUCUAGACUGUGGUAUUAAGAAAAGUGACAUUGUGCAAAUCAUACAAAUAUCUUUUGGGGCUGGACAAAGCUGGGGCCUUCUUUUUGCUCUGGUGGGUAGCUUUAAAUAUCUGUGAAAGUUUGUCACUUGAAAGUAAGUAAAGGCAUUCUAUCCGAGUAUUCCAGUUAAUUGAGGUUAUUUCUGACGGAUGGUUCCAAAGGGAUGGUGUAUACCCACCCCUUCAACCAGGACGAAAGAUUCCCUGGGGUCUGGCCUGACCCAAGGAAUAAAGGUGUUGGCCAUUUGUGUUCAUUCUCAGGGUUCAGAGAUGGGCAGUGAGAAGGAGCAGAGCCCAGAACGGCACCUGCCUGAGGAAGGGGAACGGGGUAAUAAGCCAUGGAGAGUGGAUGACUCAGAGGGUUCUUGGAUCCCAGAUGGGGAGAAAGAGCAUGGGCAAGCAAGCCUGCCAGAGGGGCCACAAGGGCUCUCUCCAGAGAAGCCACCGCAGGACGUCACUGUCCCCGCUGGAGAGCCAGAGGACCUCUCUGCUCAUCCGAGGCACGAGGCUGAUGAGAAGCCCUUUAUAUGUGCCCAGUGUGGCAAAACCUUCAAUAAUACCUCCAACCUGAGAACACACCAGCGGAUCCACACAGGCGAGAAACCCUACAAGUGUUCUGAGUGUGGCAAGAGCUUCUCGAGAAGCUCCAACCGCAUCCGGCACGAGCGCAUCCACCUGGAGGAGAAGCACUAUAAGUGCCCCAACUGCGAGGAGAGCUUCCGGCGGCACUCGGACCUCACCACACACCAGCAGGACCACCUGGGCAGGUGGCCCUUCCACUGCGACAUCUGCGGCAAGAGCUUCAGCCAGAGCUCGGCGCUGGCUGUGCACUACCGGACCCACCUGGAGCCGGCGCCCUACAUCUGCUGCGAGUGCGGGAAGAGCUUCAGCAACAGCUCCAGCUUCGGCGUGCACCACCGCACCCACACGGGUGAGCGGCCCUAUGAGUGUGCCGAGUGCGGGCGGACCUUCAGCGACAUCUCCAACUUCGGGGCGCACCAGAGGACCCACAGGGGCGAGAAGCCCUACCGGUGCACGCUGUGCGGGAAGCACUUCUCCCGCAGCUCCAAUCUCAUCCGCCACCAGAAAACUCACCAGGGAGAGCAGGCUGGGAAAGAUUCCAGCUGAAGAGGGCGAGGAAGAGAGAGAGCAGAGCGUGGGACCCCAACCUAGUGCAGAAAGAUCUUUAGGAUCUCCUGCUGCCCCCUUGACCUCAAGCCCUUCCUCCCACUUUGGAGAAUGGUUUUCUGUUACCUCUGAAGCCAGGAUCUCCAGGAAGUCCUGAGAAGGGACUCUGAGUAAAAAUCUUCACUUUUUUUCCAGGCCGAUUUCUUGUGGUAGAAAGUCAGAGGACCCCGUCUUGGCUUCACCUCCUUGGGGUGAAAGAGAAAUAAGGUGGUAUUAUUGCCUUAGAAGAUCACAAUUUUACAACCAUCAUGUAAUGAAUAGAUUCAGGUCUGACUCAUCUGAAUAACUUCUCCUGAAUUUACUUAUUAGUGAAUUUAUAUCUUGGUAGUUAACCUUGAUGCUUUUCCCACCUGCUAUAUAAUAAACUCCCCUUCUCAAUUCGCCCCCAUUGAUCAAUGCUGUCCUUUCAACAAGUGAAAUUCACCUUAAUAGCUUAAAGGAGGAAAACUAUAUGAUUGUUGCCCUCAGUGCAAGGAAAGCACACAAUAAAAUUCAGUGCCUCUUAAAAAGUGAGAAAAGAAUUUCCUUAAUAUGAAAAGGAGCAUCUGUAGCAAAACCUCCAUCAAACCUCAUACAUUAAAGUACAAGUACGCUUAUGAACCUUAGAAGCAUUUCCUUUAAUAGUGGUAAUGAAGUAGACGAUUAGGAUGCAGGGUACUUCUAUCACCACUAAUGUUCAGUGUGAUAUUGGAGGUCCUGACCAACACAAUAAGACCAGAAAAUGAAAGAGUAACUCUAAGUAUUGGAAAGGAAGAGAUUUAUUUGCAGAUUAUAUGAUCAUUUGCAUAAAAAUAAUCAUAAUAAGAAUAGCUAAUGUGUAUUGAGUACUUAAUAUAUUGCAGGAGCUGUUCAGUAAGCAUUACAUGUAUAAAUGCCACUUAAUCCUACUUUAAAACAACCCUAGGAGAUAGGUAUAACUAUUAUCCCCAUCUUACAGAUAGUGACACUAAGGCACAGAGAAGGUAAGAAAUUCGCUCAAGACCAAAGCAGUCUAAUUCUAGGCCCUUAAGUUUUAAUCACUCUUCUAUAUUAUAACUUUACUGUCAUCAACACAACUUGCGACAAAGAGAGGUAUGAGAGGUAGUCAAGAGCCAAUGCAAUAAAAUUAGUAUGUCUUUAGAGCUAGAGGAGAAGGCGUAACAGUGGUUCUCGAUAUUGGCUACAUACUGGAAUCACUUGGAGAGCUUUGAAAAAUCCUGAUGCCCAGCCUGCAGCCAGACCAAUUACAUCUGAAUCUUGGAAGAAGGGUGGAAAGGCCUUGGUAGUUUUUAAAGAACAAUUGCACUAAAAUGUCUUAAGAGAACUCAAGAAUUCAAAUUGUGGUGUAAAUUUCCUUUCUUGCAAGCUGGGUGAGGUUGCACACUCUGAGCAGAUGAAUUACAGAAGGGUGUAAUUUGAACCCAGGAGAAGGAUAGGGACUAGAAGUCCCACAUUGUGGUGGAGACUGUAAAAAGGUCUCAGUGUAUCCACAUGCGGCUCAGAUAGAGUCAUCCUGAACCCUGCAAAGCUCAGGUGUCAAAUCUCUGACUGAUAAUGACUUAUUGUGCUAAUAAAUUGUCAACCCAAUAGCCUUGACUUGUUUAAGGUGUCAAUCUCAGCCUUCCUAAGAAGGUAACUAUAUCACAGCCAGGAACUGUUAAGCUGGUUACCUCAAUGUGGCCUCCCUAGAUGGUAACUCUAUCAUGAUUGUGAAUUGUUGACCCAGUAAUCUGAAAUCCCUGGAGAUGGUAGAACUUCUUUCUCAGUGCGUAAGUGGCUUUUCAAGUCUGAAAAGGCUUAGAAUUAAAUAUAGAAAUGGGGACUUCCCUUGUGGUCCAAUGGCUAAGACUCCAUGCUCCCAAUGCAGGGGGCCCAGGUUUAAUCCCUGGUCAGGGAACUAGAUCCCACAUGCUGCAGCUAAGAGUUCGCAUGCCGCAACUAAAGAUCCCACAUGCCACAAGUAAGACCCAGCACAGCCAAAUAAAUAAAUAUAGAAAUGAUAAAUAAAUCAAACCUAUCACAUAAAAUACUUUUGUGUUUAAAAUAAUUGUGUGUAUGUGUUUGGUACUUAAAAUGUAAUUUUGAAAUAAUAUGGCAUAUUGAAGAAUCUAAGAGAUUAGCCUAGUUUGGUAGAUUAGACCUAUGAAAUGUAAGGAAAUUUAAUUGUUUGUAAAUAAUAAUAUUCUUUUUUAUUUAUUUAUUUUUUUUGCGGUACGCGGGCCUCUCACUGUUGUGGCCUCUCCCGUUGUGGAGCACAGGCUCCGGACGCGCAGGCUCAGCGGCCAUGGCUCAUGGGCCCAGCCGCUCCACGGCAUGUGGGAUCGUUCCGGACCGGGGCACGAACCCACAUCCCUUGCAUCGGCAGGCGGACUCUCAACCACUGCACCACCAGGGAAGCCCAAUAACAAUAUUAUUUAAAAAAAAAUUUUUUUUUGGCCAUGACGUGCAGCUUGUGGGAUCUUAGCUCCCUGACCAGGGAUUGAACCCAGGCCCUUGGUGAUGAGAGCACAGAGUCCUAACCACUGGACCACCAGGGAAUUCCCAUGUAAAUAAUAUUAGAAUACUAGAUCUACUAGAUCUAUAUGUUAUUUAUUUAUUUUAAAAUUUAUUUAUUUAUUUACUUGUGGCUGCUUUGGGUCUUCGUUCCUGCAUGCAGGCUUUCUCUAGUUGCAGCAAGUGGGGGUUACUCUUCGUUGCGAUGUGCGGGCUUCUCAUUGCCGUGGCUUUUCUUGUUGUGGAACAUAGGCUCUAGGCACAUGGGCUUCAGUAGCUGCAGCACACGGGCUCAGUAGUUGUGGCUUGUGGGCUCUAGAGCGCAGGCUCAGUAGUUGUGGCACAUGGGCUUAGUUGCUCUGUAGCAUGUGGGAUCUUCCCGGACCAGGGCUUGAACCUGUUUCCUGCAUUGGCAGGAGGAUUCUUUUUUUUUUUGUGGUAUGCAGGCCUCUCACUGUUGUGGCCUCUCCCGCUGUGGAGCACAGGCUCCGGACGCGCAGGCCCAGCGGCCAUGGCCCACGGGCCCAGCUGCUCAGCGGCAUGUGGGAUCCUCCCGGACCGGGGCACGAACCCGUGUCCCCUGCAUCGGCAGGCGGACUCCCAACCACUGCGCCACCAGGGAAUCCCUGGCAGGAGGAUUCUUAACCCCUGCGCCACCAGAGAAAUCCUGAUCUAUAUGUUAUUUAUAUAUAUGUAACAAAUUUUUGUUAAGUACUUGGGAAGAAUUUGCUCACCAGAGAUGAAACUUGAUUGAGCAGGCAUAUGAUGGGUGUAAAAUGAAAAGAGAAUACAUGAAAUUUAUAUUCAGUUUACAAUGUUUAAUGAAAUUACAUUUUAUAAAUUUAAAUUUUUUUUUUUUUUUUUUUUUUUUUGUGAUACCCGGGCCUCUCACUGUUGUGGCCUCUUCCG